UAUCACCACAAGUUGGACACACUGUUACAGUUUGUGCGCGUAUUGCCGGCGUUUGUUUGGCACCGAUGGCCCGAUUGCUAUCAAAUACUCUACCCGUGCGUUGAGCUCCAGUCGCCGGCAGAGAUCGGCGAUCUCACGGCUCGCCGUCAUUAUAUCGCCGGCUUUCUGGACACCGAUGUCGAGAGUCGUACCGAUCUGUACGAUAUAUACGUGAAUCUGGCGGCCAUUGAGAUCACUGUCUCGCACGGGUCGAGGGAUGCGUUCGCGAUGACCAAAACACAUAAAGAGAUCGCCGUUUUCAUGACCAGACAGGCCGACAGCGAGACGAACACCAAUUGGGAUCUCAUUCAAGACAUCUGUGAUAAGAAUCGCGAACUCAUUGAAACACUGAAACGGAUGGCCACCGCUUCGGCCAAAAGUAGUCCCGCAAAAGAGGGCCGUCAAAACACGUGUCCACUCUUUGCGGCCAUAAAACACACCCGAUCUCAGCCAACAAUGGCCUCAACCAAAGACAAUAACCACAACACUAUCACCGGUGGACCAGUGAAGAGACCACACGAUGCGGACGAUAGCGUACAACACAAGCAAUUGGCCGCCGAUACCGGACCCACACCACCGGCAUCUCAAGACCAGACACUGACCUUAGGAGUGAACGGUGGCCAACACUCGGCGGGCGGUAGUGAUGGCGGACACAGUAGUGGUGGCCAUCACUUCGCGUUCAGCGAUCGGCCGACACUCGAAGAGAUGCACAAAAUGCACACCAAGUUUGUGGCCGACAGGGAUUGGGAUCAGUUCCACAGCCCGCGUAACGUACUGUUGGCGCUCGUCGGCGAAGUGGGAGAGUUGGCCGAACUGUUCCAAUGGCGCGGCGAGUGUCCCGUCGGUCUUCACGACUGGACACCCACUGAACGCCACGCUCUGGAGGACGAGCUCAGCGAUUGUCUCAUUUAUUUGCUCCGAUUGGCCGACAGGUGUCGAGUGGAUCUGCCGGUGGCAGUGGUGCGCAAAUUGGCCGCC